GGGGACCCCGAGAUGAGGGGAUGCGCAGGCUGGUUUCUGAGCAGGAUCCCUAGCUUACUGGGAAUGGGGGAGACACAGUUUCAGCAUUUUAAGCCUAGCAGCACCAUCUGGCUGUUUGACCAGCUCAGGGCCUGCUUUUCCAGGUGCCCCUGCAGCGGUUCCCAAUAGCCUGGGCUCCAAGUCAGAGGCCUGUGUGUAAACCUAUCUCUGCCAUUUGAUGCUGUGUGACCCGUUUGUUACUAGACCUCUCUGAGCCUCUGUUUCCCACCUAUAAGUGGGAUACUGCUGUGCACCCUGCAGACUUGUGAAAGGAAGUGGAAAGUGCACACAGUAAUACCCGCUGGGGGGACUCUGAGGACACCUCAUCCCCUGCCAAGGAGACAGGAGGGGUCUUGGGAUGCAAAGUGCUCCUCUUAAAGCUACAGUCACAGAACCACUAGGGCGUCCACUCAUUGCUGCUGACUCCGGUUCUGGGCUCCGUGGGGUUCUGUCCUCCUGGGAGGUCAGGAAACGCACAAGGCGAUGUUUGUGGCCGUGGAGCCUGGAACGUGGGACGGGGAUCUGAGUGGCCCAGCCCGGGAGACUGGAGAAGGCUUGGGGAGGAAUCAGGGCCGUGUCCCUCAGCGCGGCCCAUGGCUCCCUGUCCUUCCCAGAUCGGUUCCCGAGGGCACAGACAUGUUCGAGGUCUACGGGACCCCGGGGGUGGACGUCUACGUCUCUCCCAGCACGGAGAGGAGCCGGGAGCGGCGCGCUGACCUCAGGCGGUGGCACUUCGACGAGGGCCUGGAGAUCAUCGUGGUCAUGAACUCCCCCAGCAACGACCUCAACGACAGUCACGUGCAGAUUUCCUACCACUCCAGCCGUGAGUCUCUGCCCCUGGCCUAUGCUGUGCUGUACCUCACCUGUGUGGACAUCACCCUGGACUGCAACCUGAACUAUGAGGGCAGGCAAGAGAAGAGCUUCGUAGACAAGCGGCAGUGGGUCUGGGGGCCUGGUGGGUAUGGAGCUAUCUUGCUGGUGAACUGUGACAGGGACGAUCUGGCCUGUGAUGUCCCGGACAACUGUGACCAGUGCGUGCGCUGCCUGCAAGAUCUGGAAGACAUGUCUGUCAUGGUCCUGCGGACCCAGGGCCCUGCAGCUCUCUUUGACGACCACAAACUUAUCCUCCACACCUCUAGUUAUGAUGCCCAGCGGGCACGGGUCUUCCAUGUGUGCGGCCCUGAGGACUCCUGUGAGGCCUACAAGUGCGUGCUGGGCCAGGACAAGGUGUCCUACGAGGUGCCGCAUCUCCAUGGGGACGAGGAGCGCUUCUUCGUGGAGGGCCUCUCCUUCCCCGACGCUGGCUUCCCAGGGCUUAUUUCCUUCCAUGUCACCCUGCUGGAUGACUCCAAUGAGGACUUCUCCGAGACCCCAAUCUUCACUGACUCCGUGGUGUUCCGGGUGGCACCUUGGAUCAUGACGCCCAGCACCCUGCCGCCCCUGGAGGUGUACGUGUGCCGGGUGAGGAACAACACGCGUUUUGUGGAAGCUGUGGCGGAGCUGGCGAGUCAGGCAGGCUGCAAGCUGACCAUCUGUCCGCAGACCGAGAACCGCAACGACCGCUGGAUCCAGGACGAGAUGGAGCUAGGCUAUGUGGAGGCGCCGCACAAGACCUUCCCUGUGGUCUUCGAUUCCCCCAGGAAUGGGGAGCUGCAGGAGUUCCCUUACAAAAGGAUCCUGGGGACAGAUUUUGGCUACGUGACUCGGGAACCACGAGACAAGUCCGUGAGUGGCCUAGACUCCUUUGGGAACCUGGAGGUCAGCCCCCCAGUGGUGGCCAACGGGAAGGAGUACCCCCUGGGGCGGAUCCUCAUCGGGGGCAACCUGCCUGGGUCAAAGGGCCGCAGGGUCACCCAGGUGGUGCGGAACUUCCUCCACGCACAGAAGGUACAGCCGCCUGUAGAGCUCUUCGUGGACUGGCUGGCCGUGGGCCACGUGGAUGAGUUCCUGAGCUUUGUCCCUGCCCCGGAUGGGAAGGGCUUCCGGAUGCUCCUGGCCAGUCCCGCCGCCUGCUUCCGGCUCUUCCAGGAGAAGCGGAAAUGGGGCCAUGGCAGGGCCCUCCUCUUCCAGGGGGUUGUUGGUGACAGGCAGGUCCGGACCAUCUCCAUCGACCAGGUCCUUUCCAAUAGAAACCUCAUCAGCUUUAAUAAGUUUGUGCAGAGCUGCAUCGACUGGAACCGUGAGGUGCUGAAGCGGGAGCUGGGCCUGGCAGAUCAGGACAUCAUCGACAUCCCGCAGCUCUUCAAGUCCGAGCAGAAAAAGGCGAUGGCUUUCUUCCCUGACUUGGUGAAUAUGCUGGUGCUGGGGAAGUACUUGGGCAUCCCCAAGCCCUUUGGGCCGGUCAUCAACGGCCGCUGCUGCCUGGAGGAGAAGGUGCGCUCGCUGCUGGAGCCGCUGGGCCUCCACUGCACCUUCAUCGAUGACUUCACCCCCUACCACCUGCUGCAUGGGGAGGUGCACUGCGGCACUAACGUGCGCCGGAAGCCCUUUGAUUUCAAGUGGUGGAACAUGGUGCCCUGAGCCAGCUCCCACCCACUUCCUCCCUGGGUGGGGCAUCGGAGCUGGUCCCUGAACAGUGAGCCUCCAGAGACCCCCGGGUUCCAGACAGAAUGCUGAGGGUGACUGUCCCCCUCGGAAGCCCCUUCCCUAAGGGUCCAUGCCCCACCUGUAACACAUUUGGCUCCCCUACAUGAAUACUCUUGGCCUCCCAUAGAGGACUUCAUUUCUUGUGCCCUCCUAAGUGGAUCAACAGGACCCACACAGACUCCCCUCAGAAUCCCCUUUCAUAGCGCCCCAAACCUCCUGUUUGGCACCAAGUUCACUUUGGGGUCUAGAAACAUCCAUCUCGUUAGCCCCCUUGCCCUGUGCGUGCUCACGGAGGAAGCCCCACGUGGGAGCAAUGCUAGAGUCGCAGCACUCUACGCAGGACGGGGCGGAGCUGCGGGUCCAUUUCGGGCAAAGUGGGGCCGUCACUCCCACUCUGUGCCCUUCUGUCCCGCCCGGCCUGAGCCCUCACGUGGCGGAUGCCUCUAGGUGGGCGUGGAUGGAAUGAUAGUUGUAUCUUAGCCUUAUACACCUCCCACCAUUGGACAUUCAGAACAAUGGCUUUGUCCAAAACGCUCCUGGAAUUUCUUGGAGGCGAGAGUGUCUCAGGAUGCUGAAGACUCGGAGGCCUGGGUCCAAGGACAAAAAGUGUCUCUUACAUCACACAGAGCUGACCCUGGUGACCACCCUGUGCAGGUGGGAAGAGCCUGGAGGACACGGCCCUCAACCUUCUGUUGACAUCCUGCCAUGCUGCAGAGCUCGAGACAGCUCUGGAGGGGACAGCUCCGGGAAUGAGCCCGCUCUCAGGGCAGAGGGUGGGCAAGAGCUUGGUUUCCUCAAAGCGGGUAUCAGUUUUGUCUGUGCUAUGUGUGGGUCCAGCUGGGUUUCAGUUACUGGCUAAUAAAUCAACAGAAACACA